CUACUGCGCCUCCGCCCUUUCGGCCCUGCUCGGCUUCCGUCCCAGAUGAUCCCUCCCCGGGGCGGCCACCGCCUCCACCGCCUAGAGCUGGAGCCUCCUCCCCGGCCAGUGGCGUAGCCGAGUCGGCGUCUGGCCGGCGUUGCGGAGCGAACGGAGCCCGGGGGGACCGAGCGGGGGGCCAUGGAGAAAGCGGCCCGCGGCGCUGCGCACACAGACUAGAGCCGGCGCCCGCCGCCGGCGCCAUGGACCGAGCGCCGGCCGAGCAGAAUGUGAAGCUUUCUGCUGAAGUAGAGCCGUUUAUUCCCCAGAAGAAGAAUCUGGAUGCAUUUGUGCUCCCCAUGGCUCUCCCAAGUGAUAAUGGAAGUGUUUCUGGGGUUGAACCAACUCCAAUCCCCAGUUAUCUGAUUACUUGUUAUCCAUUUGUUCAGGAAAACCAGUCCAAUAGACAGUUUCCUUUAUAUAAUAAUGAUGUACGAUGGCAGCAGCCCAGCCCGAGCCCUGCUGGACCCUACCUUGCCUACCCCAUUAUAUCUGCUCAGCCGCCCGUUUCCACAGAGUACACCUAUUACCAGCUGAUGCCGGCACCCUGCGCCCAAGUUAUGGGCUUCUAUCAUCCUUUUCCCACACCUUACUCCAGCACCUUCCAGGCUGCAAACACGGUCAAUGCCAUAACCACAGAGUGCACAGAGCGUCCAAAUCAGCUGGGGCAGGCCUUCCCGUUGUCCAGCCAUCGGAGCAGGAAUGGUAACAGAGGGCCAGUAGUGCCAAAACCACAACUUUUACAACAGCAUAUAAAAAACAAAAGACCACAGGUGAAGAAUGUGGCUACUCAGAAAGAAACAAGUGCAGCAGGUCCUGAUAGCCGAUCAAAAAUUGUGCUUCUGGUAGAUGCUUCACAGCAAACUGAUUUCCCAUCAGACAUUGCCAAUAAGUCUCUCUCAGAGAGCACAGCCACAAUGCUCUGGAAAGCCAAAGGCAGGAGGAGAAGAGCAUCCCACCCUGCUGUAGAGUCCUCCAGUGAGCAGGGGGCCAGUGAAGCUGACAUCGACAGCGACAGUGGUUACUGCAGUCCCAAGCACAACAACCAGCCUGUACCAGGGGCUCUGCGUGACCCUGCCUCUGGGACCAUGAAUCAUUUGGAUUCAUCGGGCUGUACAGGUGGUGUAAACUGGCCCAAAGUAACUUGCCAGGCAACUCAGAAAAGACCUUGGAUGGAAAAAAACCAGGCAUUUUCUAGAGGUGGAAGGCAAACUGAACAACGAAAUAAUUCACAGGUUGGAUUCAGAUGCCGAGGACACAGUACUUCCUCAGAAAGAAGACAGAAUUUGCAAAAGAGACAGGACAAUAAACACUUAAACUCUACUCAGUCUCACAGAAGUGACCCAAAUUCUGAGUCUUUAUAUUUUGAGGAUGAAGAUGGAUUUCAAGAACUAAGUGAGAAUGGAAAUUCUAAAGAUGAGACUAUUCAACAGAAACUUUCUUCAAAAGUAUUGGAUGACUUACCUGAGAACUCACCCAUCAAUAUAGUUCAGACUCCAAUCCCCAUUACCACCUCAGUUCCUAAACGAGCUAAGAGUCAGAAGAAAAAAGCAUUAGCUGCAGCCCUUGCCACAGCACAGGAAUACUCAGAAAUAAGCAUGGAGCAAAAAAAGUUGCAGGAAGCUCUAUCAAAAGCAGCUGGAAAAAAGAAUAAAACCCCUGUGCAGCUGGAUUUAGGGGACAUGCUAGCUGCUCUGGAGAAGCAGCAGCAGGCAAUGAAAGCUCGCCAGAUCACCAACACCAGACCUCUGGCACAUCCAGUUGUCACCACAGCCGCUUUUCACACUAAAGACUCUAACAGAAAGACCUUAACCAAAAGUCAGCCAUGUUUGACAUCCUUUAAUUCUUUGGACAUUACUUCCUCUAAAGCAAAAAAAGGAAAAGAGAAGGAAAUUGCAAAGCUAAAACGACCUACGGCACUGAAGAAGGUUAUUUUGAAAGAAAGAGAGGAGAAGAAGGGACGUCUGACCGUGGAACACAGUGUUUUGGGAGCUGAGGAGCCAUCAGAGACUCAUUUGGACCUAGCCAAUGACUUACCUCAGGAGACUGUCUCCCAGGAAGAUACCGGACUGAGCAUGCCCAGUGAUGCUUCACUUUCUCCAGCAAGUCAGAACUCUCCGUAUUGUAUGACACCUGUGUCACAAGGCUCACCUGCUAGCUCUGGCAUAGGCAGUCCAAUGGCAUCGUCAACAAUAACCAAAAUCCACAGUAAAAGAUUUCGAGAAUAUUGUAACCAGGUUCUUUCUAAAGAAAUUGAUGAAUGUGUGACCCUCCUUCUACAAGAGCUUGUCAGUUUCCAGGAACGCAUCUACCAAAAGGACCCUGUGAGAGCCAAAGCCAGACGGCGGCUGGUCAUGGGGCUACGGGAGGUCACCAAGCACAUGAAGCUCAACAAGAUCAAGUGUGUCAUCAUUUCCCCAAACUGUGAGAAGAUCCAGUCAAAGGGUGGCCUUGAUGAAGCCCUCUACAAUGUCAUAGCCAUGGCCCGGGAACAAGAGAUUCCUUUUGUGUUUGCCCUGGGAAGAAAAGCUCUGGGGCGCUGUGUGAACAAGCUGGUUCCUGUUAGUGUGGUUGGAAUCUUCAAUUAUUUCGGUGCUGAGAGCCUGUUUAAUAGACUAGUGGAACUCACGGAGGAAGCCAGGAAGGCAUAUAAAGACAUGGUCGCAGUCACGGAGCAGGAGCAAGCUGAGGAAGCCCUGAGGAGUGUGAAGACGGUGCCUCACCACAUGGGCCACUCACGCAACCCCUCCGCAGCUAGCGCCAUUUCAUUCUGCAGUGUUAUUUCUGAACCCAUUUCUGAAGUCAAUGAAAAGGAAUAUGAAACUAAUUGGAGAAGCAUGGUGGAGACUUCAGACGGCUUGGAAACCUCAGAGAGCGAGAAGGCAGUUCCCUGUACACUCAGCCCCUCUGAGAAGCCCAGCAAACUCGUCCUUGACACCACCCUGGUGGGUAAGCAGCAGCUGCUGGCUGCAGGCAGCAUUACCUCAGCGCCAAGCCAGGGGAAAGCCAUGGGUGACAAGGAUGAGCUGAAGCCCGAUGACCUGGAGUGGGCCUCCCAGCAGAGCACAGAGACGGGCUCCUUGGAUGGCAGCUGCCGGGAUCUUUUGAAUUCCUCCAUCACCAGCACCACCAGCACUCUUGUACCUGGCAUGCUUGAAGAAGAGGAUGAUGAAGAGGAGGAGGAGGAAGAUUAUACUCAUGAACCGACGUCAGAAGAAGUGCACCUCAAUAGUAGAAUCGAGUCCUGGGUCUCAGAGACCCAGAGGACUAUGGAGACCCUACAGCUGGGCAAAGCCAUUCCUGGCUCCGAGGAAGACAGUGCAGAGCAGAGUGGGGAGGAAGCAGCGGAAGUGCCCGAGGGGCUGGAGUCAGGGGCAGACAGUGAGACCUGGACUCCUGACCAGCAGCCAAAGCUUAGCAGUAACACGGGCAAAGAGCACUCUGAUUCCAGUUCCCCUCCCCAAAGUACAUAACUCAGGAAGUGCCAGCUGUCUCCAGCUGUGUCCAGCUGCAGCCAUGUAUCUGACUUCCCAUCUCAGCAUCUUCCACUCUCCAGUCACUUACCGUGUUUUUAAUUCCCAACAGACUUUUUGUAGCUCUUACCUAUUUUGUUAUGAUCUCUGGCUUUGCUCUUAACAGUGUCCAAGUCUAUUUCUAAGAAUUGUUUAGAAAAUUCAGACUUGUUUCAACUUACUUUGUAAUGAAAAAUAAUGACUAAAGAAAGAAGACCAAACUAAAGACCAUUCUAAAGAAAAACAGACAGAAAAACAACUAAUGGCUAUUUAAGGUUAUUUUACAAAUUCAAGACGGAGAUUCUAAGGACCAGUGUUUGCUUGCAUACCCAUCUCCUUCUCCAUAACAUCGUCCGAGUUAUGGAAGCUGCGUGUGAAAAGAGCCGGAGGUAGCGUCAGGACUAAAAGGCUGAGGCAGUAAGACUGCACAGCGAUGUGCAUUAAAAAUGGAUGCAGAUUUUAUUCGGUCCAUGACGUUUAUUUCAGAAGUACUGGUCAUUGUAAUCCGUGAAAGUUGGGAUAGACUAAAACAACUUGCAGGAGAUAGACUAGCACUGAAGUGUUAGCGUGUUGAUCUUGUUUGUGGGAAGGGGUAGGUGUCCGUAAGAGCAAACAGUCACCAUGGUGGGACUUGCCAGAUUCUGUCUAACACUUGUCUCUUACCUCAGGAAUGCUCUUGUACAUAGUAUGUAAAGUUAGGCAAGCUCUGACAGGUGAACAGCGUGCAGGUUUACACCAGUGCAGCACUUCCUGCAGACACCCAAAGCAGUGCUGUCCUGCUGUGCUAUGCUGCUAGUGUUUGCUUUAGGACCCUCUUGGUUUGAGGUGUGGAUCUGUUUGCGUAUUCAAAUGCAUCCACAUUGGAAGUCAUUUCAUCUGUUUUUUUUAAUUGUGCAUUUCUGCCCCUUCUUCAGAGCAAGAACCACAGUUACAGGAAGUCAGGGAAAGGAAUUUUGCAUAGUCUGUGACAUGUUCAGGGAAGGCUUGGAAGAAGCUGUAGAAGAAAAGAGAAGGUUAUUCUAAUUGUGCUGAUCCUUCAGAUGAUUUAUCAUAUACAAAUAUAUACAGAAAUUAUUCAUAAUUAUUUAUCUCUGUCCUUCUCCAGGAAUGUGUGUGUUUGCUUGGGAGAAUAUUAAUGAGCUGUUUUGUUUGCUGUCCAGCCACCACCUGGAUUCUAUUGUCUUCACAAGUGUCUGUGAGAUGGGAGAAUCAUAUUUCACCCAUCCUUUGUCUUCCAUCUCCUCCUCCUUCACUCCCCAGCUCCCAGUACACAGAUGGACACAUGAGCUUCCUAUCUACAUGCUCCCAGGAGCAGGCAGUAGCAAGGGGGUGCUCUCCUUCCCUGCUUAUAUGGGGCAGGACUUUGCCUCCCAGAGGCAGAAGAGAGAAGUUAGAGAAAGUCUUUACUGAAAUAAUUGGGACCUACUGUGAUCGUUCCAAGUUUUAUAAUGCUGGCAUUUAAUGCUGGAGAGCUGAGAUUCUUAUAGUUUUUGUGAAUUGUGAAAGUUUAGGAGCAUCGCUCUAUAAAAAAUGUCAGUCUGUCAACUUUAUUAGUGUGCUAAAGGGGACAGUAGUAUACCGUCCAGUCUAAACUAUUGUCCUGUAUAGACUUUAAGCACUAAGUAUCUGAUACUUCAGUUAGACGUAAGGAAUGAAGCCAACAGUGAGGUGGAUUUACAUGGGCUGAUUCUUACUGUCUGCAUAUUUGGAAGCCUUAACUUGUUUAAAGAAAUGAUGGAGGUUUUGAAUGACUGGCAGUCUUGAAAGUAGAUUUAAAAACUUUUCCUGCUUUUCAUGAUCUUAUUACCUACUCGAUGUCAGUGGUUCAGAUAGCUCUUGAUCUUGAGUUAGUAGCUUUUCAAAGUUGCUUGUAUUUUAUUCUCUUCUGGGCACACAUCAUCAUUUUAGAUUUUUGACACUUGUACCAAAAGAGAAGUUGAGGAAAUCUUGAAAAUACCAGUGACUUAGUUUUGCCGUAGGUUUAGAAGUUCAGUGGGUGCCCGCCCGCUCACAGGCAGCGGCUUGCUUUCCUGCCACAAAUCCAAGGGACCACAGAUGUUAUACAGGGGACUGGUCACUUGUAGAUGACAGCCCAAAACUUAUCAAAGGGAGUGCUGCCAUGCUGAGAGUGUCCCUUGUAUCAGUGAGGGUAUCAAUGUAUCUAUAAUUUGUUUCCUUUGGGUAAAUUUAGGUAUGGAGUAUUUCUGUAUAUUGAGUUCCAGGCUUUAGAGGAGGUACGAGAAAUAGGAAAGUUUUAUUUUUGGAAGUAGGUAUGACUCUCUUUGGAGUUGUAGAAAUAAAUCUAAUGGUAAGAAUAAGAGUUUAUUGGCACAAGUAGUAAAAACUGAAUUUUUUUUUAGUGUGUAGAUGUAGUUUAACUGGCAAUAAUUAGUGUUAGAUUUCUAUCAGUACAUGAAUUACAGUGUAAAUCACACUCCCUGGUUAGACCCCCUCUUUGAUAAACUUGUUUGUUGUAACAAUUACUCCUCAAAGACAGGUGUUCAUAAUAGCUUAAUUUUUUGGUUUUAAUCUUUGUAAAUGAUGUAAUAUAAUUUCUUUUGACUAAACAUGGAACAAAAACGUGUGUUAUACAUUGAAAGUUUUUACAGGCUUUGACUGGAAUCAUUUUUGAAGAGACGGUAUUUUAUAUGCUUCCAGCGUUUGGAAAAGAAUUAGUCAAAAGGAAUUCAAAUAAUUUAAAUAUUGACAAAUUAAUAUCCAAAUAACAUACUUGUGUGAUUUUUUUUAAUAACCUGGGGAAGCAGGGGUGGGGUGGGAAUUAUAAUGUGCAAAUAAAGGGCGGUCUUUGCAUUCAUUUUCGACUCUUAAUCCAAGACUGCUAAAUCGUAACACAUUGUUACUUUAAUGUGUGUAUAAAGUAUUACUGUUUGUAAAGCUGCUGUCUGCUUAAGAAAUUAUCAUGUAAGUAUUUUCUGUACAUUGUGCCAACAGAUUAGAACAUUAAUUUAAUUUGCUGAAAGCUUAUCUUUUUAUUUAAAUUUUUCUGUGGAAUAUUUUAUUUGCAAACAUCUUUCUAUCUCCCUUGUUCCUUUCAAUCUUUGUACACACCAUAGAUUCUGUAGAAUCUAAAACUGACCCCUGGGUAACGAUAGCAUUUAAACUUUGUUGGCACAUCAUACCUUAAAAGUAUUUGUAUUGUUUUGUAAUUUAAUUUCUAAAUAUAUCACCUGAAUUUAUAAUUUAAUGUCUUAAUUGUAGUGCUCUAAUAAAAACUAGCAAAACUAAUGGAUUAUACCAAGAGA